CUUUCUGACUCGAGUGACAUGAAAACCUUCAAGAACCAUUGGAAAAUCAAAUCCUGCAACUCUUAUUUAUAGUCAGAAUAAGUUUUCAGUUAGCUCCAUAGAUUGACCGUUUAUUUACCAAGAAUGAUGCUGUCUUCGGCGCUUGUUUUUGCUGGUUUAUUCGUAGCCUGCUCUGUUGAAGGAUAUGGUGACAAAUUUGCUCAAAGAUUUCCGAAAUGGAACAACAUUGAAGUCAGGAGUAUUACCCAAACAUCAGCAGAGGUACGUUGGCCUCUCAUUCCAUUCGUUGAUCAUUACAAAGUAUACACCAUACAACCAUACAACUCUGACAAGACACCAGAACUUAGAGAAUUUGUAACAGCAACGCAAGCAAAUAAAAACGAAGGUUACGCUUCGAUAAAGAUCAGCAGACUACCAACAGGAGAAUACGUCAAUGUCUAUAUUACAGAUAUCUUUGACGAAACAUUAGGAUACGUCCCGGAGUUGUUCUUUACAAAUUGUCGUGACGGUUGGAGCAGAUGCCCGAUCGAAAAUCAAAGAUACGAAUGUCGGUUAUCAUGCAGGACUCAUUGAAAGAAAUAAGCUACCAAUCGGGCAAUAUUUCAGAGGCAAUUCACUGCAAAUGCUGCAAAGCAAAGAUUUUAACUCAUUCAUAUAUUCAUUACGUAUAUAUCCAUAUUAUAUUUUGUAACGCUUUGAACAAAAUACACUAAAUAGCACGUAUGUA